AUAAAAGUAUAUACAGGAAGCACUGUAUAUCGAUCAUUUUUACACAGCCUUCAACAUGCUAAGAACUCUGAUUCUCUUGCUGCUGGUCCCAGCCGUUUCUUCGCAGCUUAAAUGGCGCUUAAUCUCAGCGACGAAGGAAUCGGACCAAUUCCCUGCGCCUCGGAGAGAUUCAUCGAUCGGGUUUGACCAAACGAAAAAGCAGUUGGUUAUUUUUGGCGGCAGAGGCGAUGAAAAUUAUGAUGAUACCUGGAUCUUCGAUUUGGGGACGAACAAUUGGACGAAAGUGGCCGCUACGACCGACGGUGGAGUCAACAUCCCGGAGCGACGCUUCAGUAUGGUUUACGGCACAGAGGGCGACAAUUUCUACGUAGCGACAGGUGAAUUUUCUGGCGAUUCUGACUCACCGAGGCGGUUCUUCAACGAUAUUUUUCGCUAUGAGUUUUCGACGCAACAAUGGACGAGGUUGGGGAACAACUCUGAGGUGAAGCCCCAAGAACGUUAUGGGUCAGCCGGUGGAAUCUUCAACGAUGGUAAAGGUGUUAACGGGUUUUACAUCACUCACGGCUUUUCCGGUACGCGAUACUCAAACACUUUCAAGUUUAACUUCGACGACAAUGUUUGGGAAGAAAAAUUUUCCGGUUCGAACAACUACAAUCCUAACUAUCCACAUGCCCGAUGUCUACACUCUGGGACUGUGACCAACCCAGAUGAACUUGUCAUGUAUGGAGGUUGUCUGGGGGGUGGAAUGACAGGUGGUUCAUGUCCUUCCAAAGAUAACUGGAAAUUUGAUGCCACCAAAACAGACUGGACUCGCUUGGAGGAGUGUUCCACACCACGGAUGUAUUCAUCAAUGGCUAUGCUGCCUCCACUUAAUGGCACUGAACGUCGAGCAGUGCUGUAUGGGGGAGCAGAAACGAGCAAAUCUGUGUUAGUGACAUCAAGAUAUGAGGCUAAUGAGAUAGCUGUGUUUAAUCCUGAUACAAACGAGUGGGAAAGGAAAAAAGUGGAGGGCACUUCACUUCCAGCAAGGAGAGCAGGCCAUGUGAUGGUAACAACAGAUCAAGGCAUCAUGAUGUUUGGUGGCUCAGGCCAAGAUGGUGAAGGAUCACUUAAUGACAUCUGGCUCCUAGAGGGUGAUGUUUCAGAGGCUGAUAAGACUGCAUCUGCUGGUGGGUGUGGCUCUGCAGAUUUUAACCUGAUUGCACUCCAUGGUAUCUUCAUGUUCCUUGGUUGGGGUGUCCUUCUUCAAGCUGGCGCCUUCAUUGCACGUUACUUCCGGCACAGAGAACCAGAAGGAUGGUGGUUUAAGAUGCACAGAAUUUUUCAAGUGUCGGGUCUGCUAUUGGCGAUUGCAGGCUUUAUUUGUGCCAUUAUGUCAGUUCCGUUUGAUCAUUUGAAGUUUGCUCAUGGAGGACUGGGCGUAGCCAUCAUGAUCAUUGGUGUGACACAACCUCUCAAUGCCCUUGUUCGUCCUCAUAAACACCCUGAUGGCACCAGGACAACAGGCCGAUUAAUCUGGGAGUUGUUCCACAAAAAUGUGGGCCGUCUUGGUCUUAUUCUGGCUCUCAUUAACAUCACCCUUGGUCUUUUCCUUGCCGUGGCCCCAGUGGCAGCGUGGGCGGUUUGGUUCGCUCUGCUUGGAACCUUUGUAAUUUUGUACCUGGCGAUGGAGGUCCGCUUGCAGUUGGGGAAGAAGAAUACGAAGACUGCAGCUAUUCCGAUGAAAUGAUUCUGCAAAAUGUACUCUUGUUUUUGAUUACAAACACACAAAAAAACACAUUCAUUUUGUGACGAAAGCCUAGUACCUGUUCAUGGGUUAGUUCCAAAGCAUGACAAUCUAACCUGCUGCUUAACAAAAUUUCUAGCUUUUAUGUCAACGGAAUCCCCCAUUACAACCUUCUUUUAUGAUCGGUGCCAAAGACACUCUACUAUCCAUUCUUUGAUAUAAUCGGUCUGGUCUCUGUACAAAAUUCCAACCUAUUACAACGAGCCUAGGAAUUUUUGUUUUAUGCGACUUUAAAAAGUCGCUUCUUUUGAAUGUUUUUGUGCAAUGGAUUAUUAGAGCGGUUUUCAAUUGAGUUUCGAAAGUAAUCAGUCAUUUUCUUUGGUUUUUGUUUUGGUUUUGUACGGUUUCUGAUUUAUUGAGUAUUCUAACUGAAUGUAAUUGUUUUGGUUUUGGUUCUACCGUAGUCAUUUCAAAGCCGCUCGUUCAGUUUAGUAGUAAUCUCUGUUAAGUGUUAAAACUCGUUAAGUCAGCUAUUUAUUAUCAUCAAUGGUAUGAAGUUUUCAGUGCGUAGUCAUAUCAAUCAUUUAGCAGCAGGAAAAGGUUUAUAUUUACGGUGUCAGGAUGUAGGAACUGACCAAUCUCUUCCCUCUCCAUGUGAAUGAAUCAGUUUGCAAUGAAAAGCACAUUUUUUUAUUUAUCAUAGUUUAUUAACAUUCAAGUUACGGACCUCAGCUACCAAGCCUCCGGUCGAUGCAUAGACGCUUGGCUAGAGUCUGUAGGUGCGUGUCCAAAAUAUCUUUGAGAAUCCCUGAGAACAUUUGUACUUUAAAACUUUUUAUUUAAUCUCUGCGGGUACAGGUAAACGCUUGGCUAGAGUCUGUAGGUGCGUGUCCAAAAUAUCUUUGAGAAUCCCUGAGAACAUUUGUACUUUAAAACUUUUUAUUUAAUCUCUGCGGGUACAGGUAAACGCAGAUGUUUCGGUUUUUUCAUUCUGAUCCAAAGCAAACGCUUUUGUGUAGCUUGACUUAAAAAGGUCCAGUUCUACAAGCCAUUUGGUAGCAAAUUUUAAAUUCGUGUCCAGGACUUUUUGGUCCAUCUAUAAAUGGGACAACUAAUCAGACUGGCUCCUCUUCCUUUUCAUCAACAACCAUCAUAACGGUCGUCAUCCCGUCCGGACAAAUGCACGGUCUCGACGUUUCAGAUCACGUGUCUAUUCCUAGCACAAAAUAUCAAAUUCUAACAAAAUAAUCAUUGCCCCACUAAUUUAAAAAUAAUUUAGGAGUUAAUGAGAAUAAGUUCAGGGCGGGGAGAGAGGGGCGCACUGGAUUACUAAGCCUUGUUAGAGUGAACUGAUCUUGAUGACUGUAGAGCGUUUUCACUGUCAUGAAAUAAAAGAUAAUGGUUUGGACUUGAAA